AUGGGCAAACCGAAGCGCGCCGCUGUUUUCGCCGCAGCACAGGAAUCGACCACCCCUCCUGAUGAAUUGACCCACACGCAGUUCGUCGCGCGUCUCAUCAAUGCUGAGGGCAACAGCCUUUAUACGUGCGAGUUGCCAAGUGGCAAAACCGCCCUCGUCGAGCUCGAACCCAAGUUCCGCAACACCAUUUUCAUCAAGCGCGGCGGUUAUGUGCUGGUCGACCUGGAAUCCGCGGAGGAGCGGCUGAAGACCAGCAAAACGAUGGGCGAGAUUAUCAACAUCGUGCGCGACGAGAAGGCGUGGAGGAAGCAGCCGUACUGGCCGAGCAAGUUCGCCAAGAACACCUAUGGCGAAGAUGAGGACGAAGACUCGAACGUCGGCAAGAUGCCGCCUAGCGAUUCGGAAGAGGAAGGACCUUGA